AUGGAGUUCACUAUCAGUGGUAACGCUCUGAAAGGUUUUGCUCGGUCCAUCACGUGCCUCGCACGCAUAGGCAAUGAGCUCGCCAUUCAGGCUUCUCCUUCUCAGUUCACUUUUCACACCCUCAACUCAUCAAGGUCUGCCUAUCUGUCUAUUACAUUCAAGCCAGAUUUCUUUGAUGUCUAUUCAAUCUCUGGAACCCAGGUUCAAUGCAGCGUGCUUUUGAAGGCCAUUUGUUCAGUUCUUAGGACACCCAUUACAAGCAUUGGUCAGUUGAGUGUGCUAUUAACCGAUCCUGAUGCAUCAAAAUUGCAAUGGACCUUAGACUGCUAUAACGGUAUGAGAAAGGCCUAUUGGAUAAAUUGCCAUGUUGAGCCAGACAUACAACAUCUGUCCCUUGAUAGAAGAAGGCUUCCAAGCAGUUUUGUUGUGAGACCUCGUGAUCUCAACAGAUUGCUGGCUAAUUUUCAGACUACCAUUCAGGAAAUUACCGUCAUUGCAACAGAACCCACUUCAUUACCAUCUGAUGUUGCAAGUGAAAUUGGCGGAAAAGCUGUUGAACUUAGAAGUUACAUAGACCCAACCAAAGACAAUGACUCCUCACUACACACUCAGCUAUGGAUAGAUCCCACCGAAGAGUUUGUGCAGUACAGUCACAGUGGAGACCCUGUAGAUGUGACAUUUGGUGUGAAGGAAUUGAAGGCAUUUCUUUCUUUCUGCGAGGGAUGUGAAGUUGACAUCCACUUAUAUCUUGAGAAAGCUGGCGAGCCUAUCCUUCUGGCUCCUAAAUUCAGUCUGGAUGAUGGCUCUACUUCAAAUUUUGAUGCUACUCUUGUACUUGCAACUAUGCUUGUAUCACAACUCAAUGAAGGAAACUCCACAGAACCUCCAUAUGUGGCGAUGCCAACACAUGGGCAGGCUGAUCAUAGGACAAGGUCCCAAGCACAAGACCGGCCAAGAGGGGCAGUUUCUGAGCAUCCAUCUGAUCACACCAGAAUUUGGUCCGAACUUUCAGGAAGUGCUGUGAAAAGUGGUAAUGGUGCUGAAGAAAGGCAGGUUCACGCGGAAAGAUAUUCAAGUGCCGACAAACAAAGGGAGAUUCAAAGGAUUAGCAUGAUGCAUAUCGGUAUCAUUGCUGCAGGAAAUAUGCCUCCUGGUCCUAGUCACUGCCAUCCAAUGGAAACAAAUAAUGCAGAAGAAGCUCGAGAAACUUGUGGUCGUGCUUUGUCACAACACCAUCCUAGUAACUGGGUAGAUGCAAAUGAGGAUGAAGACGAAGGAGAUGAGACAGGACUCUGUGUUCAGUCAACGCCUCCAUACUACGAAGAACAAUAG